GUACGGUAAGGACGUGUUUUCGCGUUCGUCCCUCCGGUGUUUUUGGUGUGCGUUGUCCGGUCCGGUGUGUGGUGGCCUUAUAUACUAUAAUCUACUGAACAACCUGCAACCAGUGCUACAGUGUAUAGUGUAGGGUGACAUAAACAAUACAACGCAGUGAGUAAAUAAUAGCGGAGAAAGCAUAAUAGCAAAAAGGUAGUGCGCGAAACGCGGAACCGGUGAUGAUGGGAAGGAGGAGUGUUGUGAUAAGACGCGAAAAAGAUAGGCAGUAAAAAUCACUCAAUCAAAUCGAGACUAAUGAGUUGAAACCAUAUCUUCCGUUGUGGUGGCCUUCGGCAUAUCAGAGUGCACCGGCGAACAACAAGGGUCUAAUGAAGUGUGAAUUGUUUAUUCGUUUUUUUAUUUAGUUAUUUAUUUAGCUUUCUCUGUGUGAAGAUUAUGAUGAUCGAAAAUGAGUGGAAAAUUGCUUAACCUGUUGAAUGUCAACAAUAGUUUUCCUGUAGUAUACGAUACUUAAGCGUUAGUUCAUAUAGUGUAGCAACAAUUUGGCAGUUAGUGUAUGUAGUGCAAAGUGUCCUUGGAAAUUGGAAGCUUAUUUUAGUCAAUAAAAAAAAGAUGAAAUUCCAUUCUGGCGUGGAUCGUGAAGCCUCCAGCAACGUACGUCAAAUGGAUUAAACUCCCAAUCAAUUUCAAUUCUACUUUCGGACCACGAUCGCUGGACAUUGACACAAGAUGGCCAACUACUUCAUCUGUUUGGUGGUGCAGCGACUGAUACUGCCGAUCAUUCUGGCAAUAUGUUGCCUGAUGAGACCGGUUGGAUUAUCGCUGCCGUAUCUGCUCUUCCUAUUCGGUUUACCAUUUGUGCCAGUAGCUACGCCAAGGAGUAUAAAAGGUUCUACAGGAAUCUAUUUUAAGACUUACAUAACCCUCAGCAUAUUGCUGUUAGUGGGACAAAUAACCUUCCAGAUAGUGUUGAUUACACUCGGUGAUCAGCUGAUCGAAUCGUGUCAAUUUCUGGAGGUUCUGCUGCGCCACGUUGGGCUGGUGAAGUUCCAAGGUCUUGAUGCAGCGGUUGUCAUCUACUGGAUAUCGCCGGAGAUCAUCAUGAGUCUCACGGCGGUGAUAGUGUAUGUGAUAUUGAACAAGUUGGCCGAUGGAAACAUCGGAACUGAGCAGGCUCCUACCUCUCCGAGCUCUCUGGAAGCGCCGGAAGUGCUGUCACUGCGAUGUGACCCCAAUCCAGUCACCAGAGAGAAGCUUGCAUUUCUCACCAAGCUGGGCGUACUGCUUAGCGUGGGAAUGCUUUGUCUGGCGGCCGUCCUUCAGCCUUCCGUUCCCAGUGGGGUCUAUUUUGUAAUAUUUUUAGGAUCCGCCACCUGGUGGGCUUGUUAUAAGGAAUUGGAUAGAGCAUUUGGCAUAGUUUUAAGGAUAACCCUAGUGUUUUUAAUUCUGCACGUAACCGGUUUCCUGGCGUACCAGAAUCCGUGGCCACAGGAACUGCUACCGGCGAAUGAAACGAUUGCUCGUAUUUUCGCACUAACGCCAAUCAUAUCCUCCAGCUGCGACAAUUUGACCGACAUUCGUUUCGUGUACUUCGACAGCGAUCUAGGCUCCGAUUACUACCUCAAUCCGGUUGUACUGCUGCUGUGUUACUAUUGUAUAUCAAUCACCUCAUCGCUACUUAUGAGACCAAGAAUGACGGACAAGGAAAUCAAGCGCCAGGAGCUUUUCUACCAGCUCGAAAGUGGUGUCCGUCUCCAGCGUCAGAUCUCGUUUCGCAUGCAUAGAAAGAACAUCCUCCGCAAGACGCUGACCAGCGACCGGUGGCGGGGAGCUGCGCGUAAAGUGAAAAACGCAUUUCCCGCUGCGAGACGAUUCUACUAUCAUCAUCAUCAGCCUCCAGCCAAGCCAAGGAACCGCGUCUUACAGCUCGCCAUACCGUCGUCGUCUUCCGCCAUGUCCGAUGUUCCGGACGAGAGGACACCUCUGAUGCGCGGUGGAACGCGAAGGGUACGAGAUGCUUCCACGUCCGACGCGCAGAAUACGAUCCCGAGCGAUAGUAUAGCCAUGCAAACUAUCGGUCGUAACUACGUUUCAGAAGAGGAAGAAACGACAAGCUUCUUCGAGCAGAUCAUGCUGGCCACCGGCAAUGUGGCCAGCUUUAUCUACAAAAACAGCUACAUCUUCACAAAUGUCAUCAUGAUGACGUGGAGUAUCAUGUUUCACAGUUGGUUGACGUUUGUGCUGUUGAUCUGGGCCAAUCUAAUCUGGAUCAUGCCAAACCAGCGCAAGAAUAUGCUUAAUUCCAGUCCGUUCCUAGUCAUCUAUGCGGAAUUGCUGCUGCUGGCGCAGUAUCUGUAUGGAAUGAAACUCACCGACGAUGAGUUACCGUCCACCGUUAAUAUCACCGGCAUCAAUUUAGCCCAGAUUGGGUUCAUCAAGUACCGGGAGUACCCUUGCUCGCCGUUGCUAAUCAAAUCCGUCUUCACCACCAUGUUCUGGGUCUCGUUGCGUCAGAUGAUCCAGGAGCGGCAAAUGGAAAGACGGACAUCCACUAUCGCCGAUAUGGCCGCUCCGCUACAAGUCACGGUUGGCGCCGCUACGACGGCCGGUGCUUCCGGACAGCCACUGGAAAAGAAAUCCUCAGCGUUCAUAACCCGGGCCGGCACGCUGAUCAACUCGUUCCUGAUCAAGUUCUGGAUCUGGGUGGUGGCAAUUACACUGUUCCUGUCCGGCAUGACAGGACACCGAAUGACCGGAUUUCGCAUAGUUUAUAUGGCGUUGUUUUUGAUAUUCGUUCUAACAUUCCAAUUCUCCUUCAAAGUCUGGCGCAAGAUGAUGUAUGCUUUUUGGUUGACGGUUAUCGUUUACUCCAUGGCCAUUCUAGUUCUAGUCUACACGUACCAGUUCGACAAAUUCCCACUCUAUUGGACCGAGUAUCUUCACAUAUCGGAUACUUUACAAAAGGAUAUCGGUCUAGAAACCUACGAGACCAAGCAGUUGUUCCUGCACCUGGUGAACCCGACCAUGAUCGUCAUUAUCACCGUGAUUCAACUCCACUAUUGCCAUAGGAAGUUUCUGGAAAUUUCGGAAAUCCCCAUUGUUCAAGACAACGACGGCAUCCCCGUGGUGUCGGAGACCAGCUCCGCCUACGGUACCUUUUCCCGGCGGAAAAAGUUAAGUAGCACUACCGACGCACCACCAAUCGAGAGGGAUCCCGAAGCGGGUACGAGUGGUGAUGACGGUCCCAAUCAGCCGAACGCAGCAGAACCCGCUGACGAUGUGGCUUCGGAAAUCCUGGAUGACCUGCGCUUCCGGAAGCUUUCCAAACAGGAAAUCAAAGGCGUUGCUCAAAAGCUCGUCAAUCGGAUAUCGAAACUGGCGGAGAUCGUGUGGCUGUUCUUCGAGAUUCACCUGCUGAAGAUCAUUUUGAUUGUGGCUUUCUCGCUCAGUGUGGAAACGAUUUCUUUCCUGCACUUGAUGUACGUGAUCAUGACCGUGUUUGCGGUCAAGUCCCACACCAAUUCGCUAGUGCUGAUUACGAGAAUUAUGUCGUUGAUUUCGUCAAUUUUGCUCAUCACGACCAUGAUGUACCAGGUAGAUUACAUCAACGAAACGAACUACGUGAGCGAAUGUCCCAACAUCGAUCUGAAUGUGACUCAUUGGGAGAUGAACAACGCCAAGUGGUUCGGUUUUCAGAAGACAACGGAAAUUAGUAGUUUACCGGAUUUGGUGCGGCCAUACUUGAUCUACAUCAUUGUAGUGACGAUCCACGCAGUGGUUGUGCUGAGACAAACGAUCCGAAGGAUACGACUGGGACUAUCUCCACGAACUCCACAGCUGAUGUUCCCGAAUGUUACGCGUCUCGAAGCCGACAAGGAUAUUCCGAGAAUGAUAAAGUAUCUGUUUAACUAUGGAUUCUACAAGUUUGGAGUGGAAAUUUCGUUGGUUUCCCUGGUGAUAGUUAUAGCCUCUCGGAUGGACAUAUUUUCCUGCUUCUACGCCGUCUGGAUCUGCAUAAUGUUCCACAUGACCCGCGAUGGGUUGCGAAGGGUAUGGCGAAUACUGACUUGGUUUACCGUAGUGCUGAUACCCUUGCAGUACGUUAUAUUCAUUGGGUUGCCACCGGCUUUGUGCGUGGACUAUCCGUGGGAUAUACCGUUUUUGGAUCACUUCCGGAUAUGGGCAAUGCUGCCGGAAAAUUCGGCCAUCUUCCGAGCGCAGGCUGCUAAGAUAGUAGCCGAUUUCCUGCUGCUUAUGUUCCUCUGCCGACAAACGUUGGUAUUCCGGAUUGAAGCCAGGUAUUCCUCAUGUCCGGAUGACUUCGGUGGCGGAAGUAAUAAAUCCGUGCUGGAGGAUAUCGACAAACUGGGAACGGUUCCGUUCAUCAAUCCGACACCGGAUUUCAUCGCCAAAGUACGUAACUGGUUGGAUGUGCUGAAACGCGGUGCGUUUUUGGUAUUUUUCUGGUUCACACUGGCGAUUGUGUUCCUGACCGGGACCAGUCGGGUGACGCUGUUCUCGAUCGGUUACCUGAUAGGUUCGUUCACCUUCCUCUGGCAGGGAACGGACUUCUAUCUGAGGCCAAUCAAAGCGAUUAUCAAAACUUGGAACAUGCUCAUCGGCUAUAACGUGUUUGUAAUCACAACGAAAACCCUCCUGCAGAUGUUAGGCUGUCUGUACCUGAGCCAGCUGACGACCUACAACUGUUGGUUGGUGCAGCUUCUAGGAAUCUCGUGUCUAUCUUCGCAGGAAGACCGAACUCCACCGGAUCCCAUCGAUCCGGAUGCGAGUCUAGCCACCUGUAAUGUUCCCUACGACGAUUCGGGACUGUUUUGGGACGGUGUCUGCUUUGCCUUCCUACUGCUGCAGCGUCGGAUCUUUUCCAGUCACUAUUUCUGUCACAUCAUCAAUGAGACAAAGGCGAGCACUAUUUUGGCUUCGAGAGGUGCUGAGCUGAUCGAGGAUCUACGGAGAAAGGAUGUUACAAUGGAAGCGGAGCGUGAAAGUCAAAUCCUGCUUAAGAUCAAAAUGAAGAUGGAUCGCAUCAAGGCCACGCAGCAGAAGAUUCUGGAACCGGUGCAUGAGCCCAUGACUCACGCUAAAGGAUAUCACACGCCAAUCGAGGACGAAAUUGCCGGUGGUUCUAUGAUAAUCGAAGGCGAGGGGGUAUCGGAAAUUCCCUGCGAUAAUGGGGGAUUGAUUGUUAGUCGGGGCUCUUUCCAAACGCAGGCACCUUCACCAUGUUCUGCUUUGAUGACCGCUUCACUGGAAGCUUACCUAGAUCCGCAGCGAAUGUCUUUUGAGUCACCGAAUGAAAUGCUAGGUAGAGUUUGCAGCCCGGAUGAUACGUUUCCGGUGUUUUCCCCUCCACCAUGUGAGAAGGAACAAUCUGCACUAGCCGUCCCGGUCACCAACACUCUGAUGCCACCAAGUAAAACUGCAAUGCAAAACCGCCAGCACCGCAGGCAAUCCAGCUUGAAUACCGUAUCUUGGCCUAACCCUAACGAGUUGACUGUUAGCCCUAGGCAACGCCGCCUGUCCAAUAAUCUUACUCCAGCUGAAGAUACACCCGAUCAAGUGCCAUCGCCUCGCUCGCCACGUUCACCGCGGUCUAUUACUCGGCAUCAACAUCGACGACAGUCCAGUAUGGGGGGAACCUCCUUGGCUCCGGAUGAAUUAACAGUAGAUCCCAAUCGACGUCGGUCCAGUUUCUUGGUUUCUCUCUUUGUAGACGACGACACCACCCGGUAUGAUGAUGUGACCACCACGGGACUAGGUCGGAGACGUUCCCGAGCCCGCAGCUUCUGGGGACCAGUUGGAGAGGCCGGGCUGCGGGAUUCGAUACGUUCGGCAACAUCCCGCUCGCCCGUAUCCCAUCAUGAGUAUACCUGUCGACGCCCGUCGAGCCUUUGGCGCAAAAUUUCGGAGAACAGAGCAGCCGCCAUUCGAUCCGGCGACUACUACAUGUUCGAGGAUACGGAACACGAGUUUGAGCUGGAUCUGAUGCAACCCGGUGCCUCGGAUGAAGAAUUCGACAAGAAAAGUGCCGCCGAACGACGCCUCAGCCGACGUCACCUAACAUUGGGAAAGUUGAUAGCGAAAAUCAAAGAGCAAAACGAGCUGGAACUCCAGGACUCGCUGCAGGAGGAACGUGGUAGUGCAGAAACCGAGGAGGAGCAUUCCUCUUCCGGAACGGCCUUGAUGAGUCCGCCGGAUGUGAGUGGCGGUGUGGCAGCUAGAUGCAGCUCCUCGCCCGUCCUACGGCGAGCGUUCUCCACUCGCGGACGCGAUCCCACCGGCACCGGAACCACGGACCGUUCCGCCAUUUCCGAACCAAUUCCACGUCAUACUCAUUUUGAUCUGGGCAGACGGAAAAGCAAGGUUGAAACCGAUCAGCCGGAUGGACAGAAACCGAGCACUAGCAAAGAGCCUCCCAGGCAGCAAUCCUCGACGGACGAAGAAGCACGCUUGAUCAGCGACGAUGACGAUGAGGAGGAGGAGCAAGCCGAAGAACGUGAGGCGAAGAAAUCCAAGUUUUCAUUCUCGGGAUUCAGCUUGAUUACGGCAUUCUUGGCGGGAGCGCUGGGUUCGCUUACCCUGCGGUUGCAACGCGUAUCCCGAAGCUAUCGAUACGUGAUGAAGGUUUUGGCUAAGGAGAAGAAAAUUUUAAAGGAAACACCUGGCUUUGGUGCUGGUAUGAGAACUGGUUCCAGUAUGGUAUGGACUCCAAUACAAGGCUCGGUGCGAUCCGGAAGUAGUUCAAACUCCGGUUCACGAUCCGGUGCUAGUACCAGUAGUGUAAAGUCCCGCGCCGGAACUCCGGUUCUCAGUAGAGUUGCAAUAUCCCGUAGUUCCAUAGAGCAUAGUAGAAUCCCGUUGCCUACGGUAGCGCUUUCGAUCGAUCAGCAAUCAUCGUUGGCACAAUCGGAUGAACAAAAUCCAGAACAACAGCUACAGCAGCCAACAACACUACCACAUUCACCAACACCAUCACCACAACCACCAGUGCCACCAUUACCAUCCCAACCAUCUUCUAGUUCACCCAAAGUUGCUACCUUGACACGCAGCCAAGAACAGACAACAUCCCCCGCCCCCCACGGUGGACAGUUCGUAACGGAUGAAGGCAAAUCGGUGGAUACGAUGGAGGCCGUGGAAAAAGCUCCGGAGGAGGAAGGAUCCGAAGAGGACUUUGCAAGCCAGGAACACUCGGUGAUUGUGGAGUUCUUGCAGUCCGCCUGGUAUGCCGUGCUCUCGCACACAGAUUUCAUUUGCUACUUCUUAGUGUUUUUGAAUCAGAUCAAAUCGUCCAGCUUGUUAUCCUUGCCACUACCACUGAUGGUCACCCUCUGGGGUACGUUAACGUUCCCCCGGCCAUCGAAGAACUUCUGGGUUACGCUGAUUGCCUACACGCAAACGGUAGUGCUCCUAAAGUGCAUAUGUCAAUUUGAGAUGCUCUGGUGGAAUCAGAAUCCGAUUCCACCGAAUCAACCAUUCAGUCCGGCCAGGCUCAUCGGAAUCGAACAGAAGAAGGGCUAUGCCACGUAUGACUUGGCACUGCUGUUGGUUCUGUUCUGUCAUCGAUUUAUUCUCAAGUCACUGGGGUUGUGGAAAUCGGACUUUGUCGAGGAACCGGAAACCUCAGAAGGAUUGUACAGACUGGACACGAAUGAUGAAAGGACGAAAGCUUUGAUCAAAGCCGCAGAGGAUGCAGAGAAGGAUCAAGAAACGGUAAUCAUCCGCCAGGAAAAGGCCACAGAGCUCAGCAUGGUCAAGGUGGAAGAUAGAGCCGAUGAUCACGCACCGGACGACACCCCCAAUGGCAAUGGAAACGCCUUGGUUUGUGUCACACACCAUACCGAAGACUCGGGUGACUAUUUCCCACAGAUCGUUAAGCACUCGUUCCAAAAGUACACCGAAUCGGUGAAGUCGUUCUUCAGCCAGCUGUUGGAUCGGCAGUCCCGGAAGACGGCCGACGUCUACGGGUAUCUGUUUUUGUGCGAUUUCAUCAACUUUUUCGUGAUACUGUUUGGAUUUUCCGCUUUUGGGACCCAGGAAGGCGACGGUGGCGUACUGUCGUACUUUGAAGAGAACAAAGUGCCAAUGACAUUUUUGCUGAUGCUGAUAAUCCAGUUCUUCCUAAUCGUGGUUGAUCGGGCGCUAUACCUGCGCAAGUAUAUGGUAGGGAAGAUUCUGUUCCAGUUCUUCCUCAUCAUUGGGCUUCACAUUUGGAUGUUCUUCGUGCUACCGUCAACGACGGAGCGGAGCUUCAACGCGACCAAUCCACCGGUGUACUACUACCUCAUCAAAUGCUUCUACUUGCUGUUUUCAGCCUAUCAGAUCCGCUGUGGCUAUCCAGCGAGAAUUCUCGGAAAUUUUGUCACUAAAGGAUUUACCAUGAUCAAUUUCACUGGGUACAAACUAUUCAUGACGAUACCAUUUUUGUUUGAACUGCGGACGCUGAUGGAUUGGAUCUGGACGGAUACGUCGAUGACCUUGUUCGAUUGGCUCAAGAUGGAGGAUAUCUUUGCUAAUGUCUAUCAACUGAAGUGCAUGAGACAGCUGGAGGAAGAUUUGCCUGCUCCUAGGGGACAAAAGAAAGGAGCCCUUGUCAAGUAUCUCAUGGGAGGUGGAAUGAUGUUCGGCAUCAUUCUGUUGAUUUGGUUCCCACUGGCCUUGUUCGCUUUCAGCAACGCAGUCGGUGAACCAAAUCUCCCGUACGAUGUAUCUGUUACGCUGAGAGUAGGUCCAUACGAACCGGUGUACGUCAUGUCCGCCCAAGAUAACAAUAUUCACGGCCUGAACGACAACCAAUGGGGGAAAUUCAUGCUGCCAUAUGCCAAGGACAAAACUGCACUGACUUUCCUGUCGAACUACGAACCGGUGGACGUGGCGGCAGUAAAGCUUGGUGCAAAUUCUACCUCAAUUUGGAACAUUUCACCACCGGAUAGGGCACGUUUGUUGAACGAUCUAAAUACCACGGCAACGCUGACGUGUAGGUUUCGAUACACCAUCAGUCGGAAGUCACAUUCCAAGGAAAAUCCCGGCAUAGUGUCGGAGGAAAAAGCCUAUGAACUAGGACCGAAUGAUCCUGUUCGGCCGGUGCUGGUGCAGAUGUUAUCCACCGAUUCCAAUAUAUCCGUAACGCUGCCGUACAUGAUGCCAAAGUUUCUCAAGGUGAAGAACAGCGGCAACGUUCGUCCGAUUCAUCAGCUGAUCAAGCAAGCCAAUACGGACGAUAGCGAAGAGAACUACCGCAACAUCACGCUCCGAUUGUUCCAAACCCAUACGAACAACACCAUCCCCCUGUUCUGGUGGGAGGUCAAGGAGAACUGCAGCGAUCCAUCGUAUGCCACCUUUGCCAACAUGCCAUAUGCCGAUUGUAUCUCCCAUUUAGUUAUGUACAUGUUCAACGAUAAGAUCUUCCCCAGCACCAUCAGUUCCAUUGCUGCCGGAGGUAUCAUCGGAAUCUACUCCACCCUGAUUCUCGUAUUCUCGCGGAUGCUUCGAACCAGCAUCUUUUCCGGUGCCAGCUCGAAGAUCAUGUUCGAGGACCUGCCCUACGUGGAUCGGGUGUUACAGCUCUGCUUGGACAUCUACCUGGUGCGGGAGUCGCUGGAGUUCACCCUGGAGGAGGACCUGUUUGCCAAAUUAAUCUUCCUCUACCGCUCACCGGAGACGAUGAUCAAAUGGACUCGGCCGAAGAACGAGGAAGGAGACGACGAGAGCGAUUCCAUGAGCACCAGCUCCAAAUCGCGCAAAAAGAACGAUUAAGUUUCUCACCGCAGGAUUGUAGUUUGCGUUUUCUCUUAUCGUGAUAUUACUUUGUAAGGAAUAAUUAUUUAUUACAAACUUGAGCACUUAAUUUCAGAGCAAAAUACACUAACGCACCGGUUAAGUAUGUACUUGGAUCCUGAUUUGUAAAUUGGCUUUAAACCACUGCAUUUGAACGAUUUGAACUUUGAUUGGAAACUACUUAAUUUUACUUAUUGUAUAUUAUGAAUGUGACUCACAAUUGUGUACCAAAAGAGGAGGCCAAGUUCGAACGUGUGUUAUCGAAGCUUACUAACGGAAGCGCCUUUUACCAUGAUAGUUAACGGAAACAUUAAAAAAAGAACACUUAGGAUAAAUGUUUGUAAAACAGCGAGAAUGACAAAGUUCCGUCGCGUUGUAAUUCUAGUCGGAUGAUAUUCUUUUACAUGUUUGCGAAAAUUACAUCACUUUUUUCAUAUCAAAUUCGGUCGGAUCACUGCAGAAUCGUCUUAUAGGAUCCGUUAAGGCACAAGGAUAGUUUACUCCUAUAGGAAAACGAAAAUCAAUUGAAUGAUCUGUGACAAGACGAAUGUUCUUUUUUGUACGUGUGUGUGCGCGUAAGAAAGCUUUGGGAAUUUGUAAAGGAAAAUGUACCUGUGUGUACAACAAGUGACGAAACUGAUAGCGAUAUAUUUAUAAAUUCAUUCAAAAUAAAAGCAAUUUGUACGUGA